GUCAGUCAUUCAAUCAGGAGAGCGACACUGGCAUCACUACAUCAAGCAUGGCUCUGCUCAUCCAGCUGCUCAUUUGCACCACAGUGAUCUCAUUCACUCAGGGAUUCAACCAUGAGGAUAUGAAGCAGGCGAUGCUCCAAAAACUCGGACUAACCGAACUCCCCAGGAUUCAGAAGCGAGAUUUGGAAAAUCUACUCAUCCCAGCUCACAUCAAGAACAAAUAUCUGUCCAUGCUGAAACUCCAUCACAAGCGCAGGAGGAGAUCCCUGCCAAGCCUGGCGGGAAUUCUUAGAGGCAUCCAUGGAAAUGCAGAUAUAACAGGUGAAAUUAAGUACUCUGACACAACCCGUCAGCGUCUUGUGUUCGACAUGGAGGCCAGACUGCAAGAAAACACUGAAGUCACUAUGGCCGAACUGAAACUUUUCCAAACAGCUGUGCAGAAUCCAUCUAAACCUGAGCGAAGGCACCACAGACCCAUUAACAACGCCAGAGUGAGCAUCUACUGGGUGGAAGUGCUGGGAAACAGCUCUAACAGAACAUCACUCAUAGACUCAAGACUGGUUCCCAUCCAUGAGUCUGGCUGGAGGAGCUUUGACGUGACUCAGGCUGUUCAUUACUGGUCUAAAUCCCAAAAGAAAACACCUCUGCAUCUGGAGGUGUGGACUGAAGGAGAGAGACCUGGUAGCUACGCGGCUGAGAUGGCCAAAAGAGUUCGCUUUGCCACACAGGACCCGAAAGAAAACACCCUGGAAAAGGAUGUGGGUGCACCUGAACUUGUGUUUUACACCCUAAACCUGGAUGAAUAUGGAUCUCAGGGGAACUGUAACUCCAGCCCAAACAGCAGCAAGUGUUGCCGGGAAGAGCAUUUCAUCAAUUUCCGUGAGCUGACCUGGACUCAGUACUGGAUCAUUGAGCCGGCCGGGUACCAGGCCUUCAUAUGUGCCGGAGGAUGCAAGCAGCCCAAGCGUGGUUACUAUGGAUACGGGCAGAGGACCUGUGCAGUGAUGGAGAGCGCGCCGCUGCCCAUGAUGUACCUGGUGAAAAAGGGAGAUUACACUGAAAUCGAGGUGGCAGAGUUCCCCAAUAUGAUUGUUGAGAAGUGUGGCUGCUCAAUGGACAAAAUCCCUCCAGUCUAA